CACAGCACUCUCCUUUUCCCUCUACCCUUACGCACACUUAAUAUGCAGUGAGGUUGACCACAACCUGACCGCGCCGUGUAUAUAUAAAGGAAGCAACGCAUACUCGUGGUAGCGCCGUUAUGGAUUAGCCGUUGCAGUUACGAGGCCGAGCGUAAAAAUAAGGCUAUUUGGUCUGUGACUAUUCGGACACGAACAGUAUUAAAUAUGCCAAUAGUCGUAGAUCCACGCGUCCGAAGAAACUAAGUUCAGUUUUUUUUUUGACUCGUAACAUCAAUAUUUACAAUGUUUAGGAUUUGUAAAAUUUUGUGUGUUGCAUACGUUUUAUCAGAGCGGUACGUCGAUGGUAAAAUUCUUCAAGGGCAACUGGUAACCCAGAAUAAUUGGGCCUUCCUCGCAAGAUUCUGUUUUCUCUCGGAAAAAGGAAAAUUCCGAUUCGAUUUUAGGAUUGCUGGUGAUAUCCACGAAGAGAGUAGAGUGAAUUUGUUGCUUUAUUUUGACGCGGCGAAUCAAUGGCCGAGCAUUUAUCCGUCGAAUCGAUCGUGCGAGGAAAAAACGUCGAUACUCAGUCCGGAAUACGGUCAAAUCGUGCCACUUUUUAUGAGCGAUGUAACGCAACAAUUUUCCGGAUGUGUACCGAAAAGUGAGCUCGAAAAUGGUACAAAAGCUCGUUGCACGAGUUAUCGCGAAUUCAAAUCUUCCCGGCCUCGAUGGUGGUUCAUUGCAUUGGCCGAUUGUUCUUCGCGGCUCGGCUUGAACGUCACUUAUUGGAUAUCUCUGACCAAUGCUUCGCCCGAAAGCUUUUGGAGGCAUCAUUUCUCUGCCGAUGAAUUUUAUAUUUUGCCGGAAUUAAUAGCGGUAGAGUGUGUCUACGUGAUCCUAUUGGCUUGCAGUAUUUACACAGCGAUUCAAUUAAAAUUACGAAGGCUGCUCCACUCGUCUUACAAGAUUUUCAUGCUCUCGUUGAUUUGUCAGCUAAUAGGAGUGUCCUGUGAGAUUUACAGUAUGGUGUGUCUAGGACUGACCGGAAUAGAAGCGAAGAGAUCUUCCGUCAUAGGUGGUAUUCUGGAAUCGUACUCGGAGACGUUGUAUACCGUCCUAAUGUUACUUUUGGCUCUCGGUUACACGGUGACGAAAAGCGAAUUAACACGACGACAAAUCUUCUGGCUUUUCAUCUUUAUCACAACGAGUGUAAUUUUUCAAUUGUCGAUGUUCGUAUACGAAUCUCAGGUGUUCGAUCCGGGCCUAGUGCUUUACAUUUACGAAUCGCCGCCGGGCUAUGCUCUUCUCAUGUUGAAACUGUCAGCCUGGCUCGUAUUCGUUUCGUGUUGUUAUCGAACCAGUCGAAAAACCACGACAAAAUAUCGAUUCUACGCUUCUUUAUUGUCUCUCGGAUCUGCUUGGUUUCUUUUUCAUCCAAUUAUGGUUCUAGCGAUUACUCUGCUUGUCGAUCAAUGGGUUCGCGAGAGUGUUGUUAAAGGUUGCUCUUUGUGGGUUGUUAUGCUGGGCCACGCGCUCUUUCUCUAUGUUACCAGACCAUCGAUGAACAACGAACGUUUUCCUUUUCAUAUAAGAACUUGUCAGGUUGUACCGGCUAUGGGAACGGGACAAAAUCACAGCUACGAACCAAGGCCUCGUACGCGAACGCGCACCGCCGUUUCUGUCUUUACUUUAACCCCCUUUGCCGUCUCAAAUACGGCUGGAGCAAGAUGAUUGUUUCCUUCAAUUAUCGAUUAGACGAGUUUCAAUACUUCUACAUUACAUUUUGGUCAUGGCUUAUGUUUUCAUAUGAUGAGCAGCUUUUGAAAUUUUUCAAAUGUUGACUUCUCAAAAGGGACAAGUCGAACAGAGUUCAAAUUCCGCACAAUCUCAAUUGCUAUUGAAAAAAAAAAAGAACAAUUUAUAAUUAGAAUUGACAAAUAACGAAACAAUAUUGUCUCUCAAAUGAAAUUAAUCGGCUUGUAUAUAAUAUAUACAUUAUGUAUUUAAAAUA